GCUUAUAGCUAUUGUGUUCGUUGUUGUCGGUGUGUUCGGCGCCAUCUUCGUUACAUUCGUGGUUGUUGUUGUGCUCGUGCUGGCUGCCUUGUGUGUCCUUCUGCAUCGUAAGCGGAGGUGAAGCCCGUGGUGGUAGCCUUGUCCGAAGUGACAACAUCAUGGAUGGCCGUGGAUGGCCGUCGGACACGCCCGUGUCGGGAGGGCAAGGAAGCCGGUUUCCGAGGUACAUGGGGAACGAGAACCUCGGUUUCGAAGCCAAGCUCUCCAUGGGACUGUCUUCUAUGACGUCGGACCCCAAGAACUGGAUUCGUCCUCGCCAGCAGACAUCCAUGCACAGUCGCUUCCCGGGCACAUACACAUCCGGCAUGGACGACUCGACGAGAGUUGUCACAGACCCAACUCCACGUGCUCAUCCUUUAGCUUCGCCAGCGGUGGGUGGAGCUGCAUGUGCUCCCGUUCACACAACGCGGAUCCAGGGCGGUCCUCGUCCUCAAGCCUUCCAAGGCGCCUCCUUUAUGCCUCCCCCGGCUCCCGCGUGUAUGAUGCCGCCUUCGGUCGACCGCUUACGGACCGCUGCUGUGGAGAGGGCGUGGCCGAACGUCCGCAAAGUUGGGGGUGGUAUCGUCGAAGAUGUGGGAGGGGUGCGGCAGGUCGUCGAUGCGCCCCCUUCACCUAUGGAUCAAGGUGACAACAAUGCACGGGCGGAUGGAGGUGGUGCACCUACGAAGAGGCAAACCAGGCCAUGGACGCUCGAGGAACGCCUCGAUUUGGCGAGGUUCAUGAAGGAAGAUGAUGCAAUGAUGACAAUGGUGUCUGGUCGACUGAAGCACGCCAGACGAUCAGUGAGGAACGAGUGGGUGUUAAGGAAGAUGAGGGAGGCUGGGUGGAUACGGUCUGCUGAGGACUGCAGGAAGAAGUGGUCUGACCUCAUGGGCAAGAUGAAGGACAUCCUGCACAAGUGCAACGCAUCAGGGAAGCCGUCGUAUUGGGACAUGAACGUCGAAGACAGGAAGAAGGAGGGAAUCCCGACGACGUUUGAGCAGCCGCUGUGGGAGGAGAUGGAGUGGGCGCACAAAAAGCCAUUUGUCACCUAUGACAACACCAUGGCAUCAUCAAACUGCCAGGGUGCUGAAAGCGGUGUUUCCGAUAAGGCAAUGGCUCUUCAGAAGGCGGGGGCCGGAGCAGUGCGACCGCCGAAGAAGACGAGCGCUUGCGUAAGAAACGGCGUGGGGCGACGGGAAAAGAGCGUGUUGGUGACCGCCCGCCGGUGCUGACUGUGGAGAGGGCUCUGCUAGAUUCCAACAUGGCGGUGAAUGAAGGGAUGGAGAAAGC